AGGGGAAGUGACGUGCUUCCGGUGUAAUGGCGGUGCGGUGGCGCUCCAGGUGACGCUUGCAGACAGAAAAAGUAAACUGUCAAGGAAUUCAUACCAUUUGGUACUUGUUAGUUGGACCAGCUUAAAGAGUCUUUGAUUUAUCGGAUCAACUGGCAACAAAAGAUGAAAAGUAGUGUGGCACAGGUAAAACAUUCUUCUGGUCAUGACAGAAGGGAAAACUAUAAUUCAUAUCAGAGGACUUCUUCUCCAGAAGACAGAUAUGCAGACCAAGAAAGAUCCCCUCGGGACAGAGAUUACUUUGAUUACGGCAGGUCAGACUAUGAGCAUUCUAGAAGAGGGCGUUCUUAUGACGGUAGCAUGGAGUCACGAAGUAGGGACCAUGACAAACGCAAGGAAAGAGAAAGAGAUAUGGAUCGGAAAAGGUCCCGGAAAUCCCCAUCUCCUAGGAGAAGAAGCCCAGAACCAUCGGUAACCCAGAGUUCCUCUGCUCAGGAUGAACCUACCGCAAAGAAGAAGAAAGAUGAGCAGGAUCCUCUCCUUACACGAACUGGUGGAGCGUAUAUUCCUCCUGCAAAGCUCAGGAUGAUGCAAGAACAGAUUACAGAUAAAAACAGCUUAGCAUACCAGAGGAUGAGCUGGGAGGCCCUAAAGAAGUCAAUCAAUGGUCUUAUCAACAAAGUCAACAUUUCUAAUAUAGGUAUUAUUAUUCAAGAACUUCUUCAAGAAAAUAUAGUUAGAGGAAGAGGCCUGCUGUCCAGAUCUGUUUUGCAAGCACAGAGUGCUUCUCCAAUCUUCACCCAUGUUUAUGCAGCAUUAGUGGCGAUUAUCAACUCCAAAUUUCCACAAAUUGGAGAAUUAAUCCUCAAGAGGUUAAUUCUUAAUUUUCGAAAAGGCUAUAGAAGAAAUGAUAAGCCACUUUGUCUGACUGCUUCAAAAUUUGUAGCACAUCUUAUUAACCAAAAUGUGGCACAUGAAGUUUUAUGCUUAGAGAUGCUCACUUUGCUCUUGGAAAGACCCACAGAUGAUAGUGUUGAAGUAGCUAUUGGUUUUCUUAAGGAAUGUGGCCUUAAAUUAACACAAGUGUCACCAAGAGGAAUUAAUGCUAUAUUUGAACGCCUUCGAAACAUUCUCCAUGAAUCUGAAAUUGACAAAAGAGUUCAGUAUAUGAUUGAAGUGAUGUUUGCAGUACGGAAGGAUGGAUUCAAGGACCACCCUGUUAUCCUAGAAGGACUUGACUUAGUGGAAGAAGAUGAUCAGUUCACCCAUAUGCUGCCUCUAGAGGAUGACUAUAAUCCAGAAGAUGUUCUUAAUGUUUUCAAGAUGGAUCCUAAUUUUAUGGAGAAUGAAGAGAAGUACAAAGCUAUUAAGAAGGAAAUUCUUGAUGAAGGGGAUAGUGACUCAAACACAGACCAAGAUGCUGGAAGUAGUGAGGAGGAGGAGGAAGAAGACGAGGAAGAAGGGGAAGAAGAUGAAGAAGGACAAAAAGUGACUAUUCAUGACAAAACAGAAAUUAAUCUAGUCUCAUUUCGUCGUACAAUCUAUCUUGCUAUUCAGUCAAGUUUAGAUUUUGAAGAAUGUGCUCACAAAUUGUUAAAAAUGGAGUUUCCCGAAAGCCAAACAAAAGAACUCUGCAACAUGAUACUUGACUGCUGUGCCCAACAAAGGACAUAUGAGAAAUUUUUUGGCUUAUUAGCUGGGCGAUUUUGCAUGCUUAAAAAAGAAUACAUGGAAUCCUUUGAAAGUAUAUUCAAAGAACAAUAUGAUACCAUCCAUCGCUUGGAAACGAACAAAUUGAGAAAUGUUGCUAAGAUGUUUGCUCACCUGUUAUACACUGAUUCACUUCCAUGGAGUGUUCUUGAAUGUAUAAAGCUGAGUGAAGAAACCACUACAUCAUCCAGUAGAAUUUUUGUUAAAAUAUUUUUCCAAGAACUGUGUGAAUACAUGGGUCUUCCUAAACUUAAUGCAAGAUUAAAGGAUGAAACCCUACAGCCAUUCUUUGAAGGGUUAUUACCCCGAGAUAAUCCAAGAAACACUCGGUUUGCCAUCAACUUCUUUACUUCUAUAGGUCUUGGAGGUUUAACGGAUGAAUUGCGUGAGCAUCUCAAAAAUACACCAAAGGUCAUCGUGGCACAGAAACCAGAUGUUGAGCCAAAUAAAUCCUCCCCCUCCUCCUCCUCCUCUGAGUCCUCCUCUUCUGAGUCUGACUCUUCAGCCUCGGAUUCCGACAGCAGUGACAGCAGUUCAGAGUCUUCCAGUGAAGAGAGUGAUACUUCAUCCACCAGCAGUCAGAGCUCUGCCGCAGCUAAAGAUGUAAGAAAGAAGGGACAAGGGAACAUCAGACGUAAAGAAGUUGAUAAAUUGAUCAGGAAACAACAAACAAAUGAUAGGAAACAAGAAGAAAGAAAACCAGAGCAAAGGCUCCAGGAAACAAGCACUGAACGAGAAAGGAGGUCAGAAAGACACAGAGAUAAAAAUUCAAGAGAUCCAAGUUGGAGGGAUCCUGUAACAAAAAACACUGCAGACAGGGGGGUUCCUUCUGAACGAAAUAGUUACAGUAGAGUCGGGAAUGACAGAGACCAAGAAAUGCACGUAGAUUUGGAAAAUAAGCAUGGUGAUCCCAGAAAGAGGAGAGGAGAGAGAAGAAAUUCUUUUUCUGAAAAUGAACACAGACACCGAAAUAAAGACAGUGAAAAUUUUAGAAGAAAAGAUAGAUCGAAGUCAAGAGAAAGGAAUAAAAAACAUUCCAGCUCUAGAAGUGACGAAGAUAGGUAUCAGAAUGGUGCCGAGAGACGAUGGGAAAAAUCUAGCAGAUACUCUGAACAAUCCAGAGAAUCAAAGAAAAAUCAGGACCGGCGAAGAGAAAAGUCUCCAACAAAGCAAAAAAAAUAAUUCUACAAAAUUGCAGAAACUGAACAUGCUUUAUAUUCAGUUGAAACAAA